UGCGCAGAACCGCGGCGGAGUGAGGCUGAACGCUGCGCCCGCGGGCGGUGAGAGGGCGGCGCGGGAGCGAAGCCGGUCCUUCCUUCUCCCGUCCUGCCUCCGGCUAUUCUCAGCCGCCUGUCUUUCCUCCCCCGGCCUUUUCUCCUCCUCCUCUCUUCUCCACUCCCUCCCCCUCUCCUCUCCCUCCUCCUCCUUGGCCGCCUCCCGCGCCGCCCCCCAUGCUGUCGCUGUGCGCGGGCGCGGCUCGCAGGUCCAUUGGGCCUCGGCUUGUGUUGAGAAUGACAUUGGGAGCAGAAAUCACCAGCCAGCUCAAGGCUUCUUCGUACAUAGUAUCAGGACGAAACCUUCUGAGAUGGGACCUGACACCAGAGGAAAUUAGAACAAGAACAGAAGAACUAAUCCGGAAGACAAAGCAUGUAUAUGAUAGUGUUGGGAUGCUUGAAAUUGAAGAAGUAACACACGAAAAUACUGUGCGGGUUUUGGCAGAUAUAGAAGUGGAAUAUGCAGUGGAAAGAAGCAUGUUGGAUUUUCCCCAGCACGUCUCACCUGAUAAAGAGAUACGCUUAGCAAGUACAGAAGCUGACAAAAAACUGUCUAAUUUUGAUGUGGAGAUGAGCAUGAGAGAAGAUGUGUUUCAGAAGAUUGUUUAUUUGGAGCAAACCUGUGAUCUUGAAAAUGUAAAGCCCGAAACAAAGCGGUAUCUAGAGAAAUCUGUUCAAGUGGGGAGAAGAAAUGGACUCCAUCUUCCUAAAGAAGUGCAGAAAGAAAUAAAGACAAUGAAGAAAAAAAUGAAUGAGCUGUGUAUAGAUUUUAACAAAAACCUCAAUGAGGAGAGCACAUUUCUCAUCUUUUCAAAGGAAGAACUUGAUGGCCUUCCUGAUGACUUUAUUAACAGUUUAGAGAAGACUGAGAAAAACAAAUAUAAAGUUACCUUAAAGUAUCCCCACUAUUUUCCUGUUAUGAAGAAGUGCUGCAUUUCAGAAACCAGGAGAAAAAUGGAAUCUGCCUUUAACUCAAGAUGCAAAGAGGAGAACACAAAAAUUCUGCAGCAAUUGCUCCCGCUAAGGGCAAAAGUAGCAGAACUUCUUGGUUACAAUACACAUGCCAACUUUGUCCUGGAGGUAAACACUGCAAAGAGCACAGAUAACGUAACAACCUUCUUAGAUGAUUUGAGURAGAAGCUAAAGCCGUUGGUUGAGGAAGAAAGACAAUUUAUUCUAGAUCUGAAGAAAAAGGAAUGUAAAGAAAGAAACUUUGAUUAUGAUGGGAGAAUUAAUGCAUGGGAUCUUCAUUAUUAUAUGAACAAAACUGAAGAGCUAAAGUACUCCAUAGAUCAAGAAAAACUGAAGGAAUAUUUCCCAAUUGAGGCUGUUACAGAAGGCUUGCUGAAUAUUUACCAGAAGCUGCUGGGACUUGAAUUUGAGCAAAUAGAAAGUCCUCAUGUUUGGCAUGACAGUGUUACUCUUUAUACAGUAAAGGAUAAAUCAACAGGAGAGCUGCUAGGGCAGUUCUAUUUGGAUCUUUACCCCAGAGAGGGGAAGUAUGGGCAUGCAGCCUGCUUUGGUCUACAGCCYGGCUGUCUUCUCGGUGAUGGCAGCAGAUUGAUGUCUGUAGCUGCUCUGGUAACCAACUUCACAAAACCAGCAUCGGGCCUUCCAUCCUUGCUGCGACAUGACGAAGUAAAGACUUACUUCCAUGAAUUUGGUCACGUAAUGCAUCAGAUAUGUGCACAGACUGAUUUUGCAAGGUUUAGUGGAACUAAUGUGGAAACAGACUUUGUAGAAGUACCUUCGCAAAUGUUUGAGAAYUGGGUGUGGGAAAAAGAGCCACUACAACAGAUGUCAAGACAUUAUAAAGAUGCGACGCAUGUUGGAGACACUCUCCUUGAGAAACUUGCUGCCUCUAGGCUUGCUAAUACAGGCCUUCUAACCCUUCGUCAGAUUGUUCUGAGCAAAGUUGACCAGGCAUUGCAUACAAAGCUGUCUGUUGACCCAGCAGAUGAAUAUGCUAAAUACUGUGUGGAGAUUCUAGGAAUUCCUGCAAGCCCAGGAACAAACAUGCCGGCUACUUUUGGACAUUUGGCAGGUGGUUAUGAUGGUCAGUACUAUGGAUACCUGUGGAGUGAAGUGUUUUCCAUGGAUAUCUUUUAUAGCUGCUUUAAGCAAGAAGGAAUAAUGAAUCCAAAGGCUGGGAUGAAGUACAGAAACCUCAUUUUGAAACCUGGAGGAUCUUUGGAUGGAAUGGAUAUGCUACAAAAUUUCUUGGAGCGUAAACCAAGCCAGAGGGCUUUCCUGUUGAGUAAGGGAUUACAUGUUCAGUAAAGUUAUGAUUCCUUUGUAAUGACAUAUAAGUAUGGAAUGAGCUGGAAACGUCAGUGUAAUUCACAUUUUAACUGUGUAUCAGUCUAGGGAAACUAGGGUCAUUUUUUGAUGAUUUUUUAAAAUUGUAUAAAUAAAAAUUUGACUUUUUAAAAAAUUUCAUAGGACAAAAUCCAGCACAUCAGGGAAAAAAAAAAAUUUGAAAUGUGCAGAAGCUGAGGAAUUUGGAUGGUAAUUUUUUUAAAAUUGUUUUGAAAUAGUACUAAUUAAUGCUAAGCAGUAUGAGGAAUUAAUGCCUUGUUUCUCUUUUAAUAGAUGCACUUAAAUUAUGUCUUGUGAAUGAAUUUUAAAACUGAAGGGGAUAAAAAAGACACUACCAGCAAUAAAGCACACAUUCAUUCUUAUUGUCUAUUCUCURUUCUCUGUUGUAUUGGUUGCUCGUCAGUGUCUCUGAUGGAGAGGAAGUAUAUUUGAUUUUGUCAUUGUUUGGGCUCAGUCUAGCUACCUGACAAAUCGCAAGAUUGAGAACUGCUGCAGAUGACUUGACAGCAGAGAUGUUUGUUGAUGCUUUAAGACUUAAUUCUGAUGCAUGUUAAAUUUUUGUACCAUUUAUAUGCUUAAAUAAUAUAACUAAAAAGGAAAAAAGAAUCAGCCAAAAUCUGUGACUUUUAUCAGUUCUUCCGCUAYUUUUUCUUUUCUGUUGUUGAACAAAAAUCAGGUCUUUGUUUUCCAAAUUAUAUUAACACUGGCACAGUAAUGUUGUACUUGAGCAAUUAUAAUUGCUUCAGUUGGUUUGUUAAGUAUUUUGAGAUAUAAAUAAGGAAGGAAGAAAAYAAGAUCUCCGUGAUGGGAAUGAUAAAAGUCAAUUAAAAGUUUUUCUGUUCCUUUCCAGUGUAGCAUGCAAAGAUGCUACAAAAAAGUGCAAUAGAUUUAAGGAUUUCAGCAGUGGGAGUGUGAAAGUAAUCAAGGAAUUAUUCUGCAGUUUUUCUGCAAAAUCAAGAAAAAAAAAUCUUGCAAGYCAAGCCUACACCAUCUAAAUAAAGCUGUUAAUCCAAGUGGACUUUUCWUGUCUUAGGUAUCAUAUCUUACUGUGGUUUUAUUAUUACAGCAUGUAUAUAAACAACUUUUUAAUUUUGUUUACUAGUCAUUAUAUUUUAGACAUUUGAAUUGCAACUGUAAUCAUAGUUGGUAUUUUUAUUUUCUGUGAAACAGGGAAAUAAGAAAAUGCGCCUGGUCAACUCAAAAGAUUUAUUUCUCUAGCAAAAGAAAACUGAUAUCAUUCACUUUGGGUCAAAUCUGUCGAUUUGUUUUGGUGGAAAAUACCUGACAAUUGGGUAUGUUCUCACUAUUUGUGAGUGUUUCUGAAAGUGAGAAACUUUAUUUUUUGCUUCUCUUUGUUCUUUUAAAGCAUUCACACUGGGGAGUUAAAAAUGUGCCUAAUUAGUUUCUGAAAUGGAACAUUUGAAAGAUCUGAUCUUUGAACUGCAGCAGUUAGAUGUGAGGAAUCAUACCUAUUUGUAGCCAAAACAGACUAACUUUAUAGUCUUACCAGACCACACACCAGACUCUUGUAGUCAGUUACAGUUUUAGGCCACAGUUCUGCUCCGUCAUGUGUAAGAACAUCUUGAACAGCAUUCAGCAUGGCCAGAAUGGAAAGCUGAGGAACCAGAUGAACACAAGAUUAUCCCAAAACCUAUUAAUUUUGCCUAGAUUGGUUUCCUUUACAUUCUUUUGCUUACAGUAUUUUGCUGUCUUUUUAUAAGUGUUUAAUUCUUGUGAUUCUGUCUUAUGUUUUUUUUCUUUCACACUGUAAUGACAGCUCCAAAGAAUGAAAAAAUUGUAAAACAUAUACUGAGUGAUACUUUCCCCAAACGAAUCUGCAAAUCUAAGCAAUGAAACCUCUAUUAAGAAGCAAAAUGCAGUUUCUGUUUUACAGUUGGUAGGCAGAUUUCCACAUGAGGGAGACCUUUCUCUACAUAAAUCAGCAGUCUUGGAUCAAGGUAAAUAAUUUUAAGUACAGUAAUUGUAGACAAAAAUAYRCAGUGAUCAGAAGUCAUAUGGUGAKUUAAAAGUUAGCUUUAGAAGACUACGGAUGGUAAUUAUGACAAUUUAAUUGACUUUUGCAUUUUCUUACUCUUUAAUGUGUGUUUGUGGGCUGUACAAUCUAGAGUAGCCAAGGUAUGGAAGUGCAGGAGAACAUGUGCUGUUUCUUGUGUUUGAAAAUGCCUGUGUGAUUGUACAGUUAUAUUAGCAGCAAACGGAUGUCCCUGUGUGUAGGGAGGAAGAAACUGAACCAUAUUGUAACUACAAAUGAAAUUGUUAUGUCCCAUAUCUGUUCCAAAAGAGUCAGAUCAGCCUAUGGCUAAAACUACACUCAACACAGAAGACUAAUGGUUAUGUUCUGAAUUGCUUAUGAAAUGUUCAUGUGGUAACAUAUCAAACUUCUCUGCUAAGUUUUAUAUUGGCUUUGUGGAGCUUUUUGAAUUAAA